AUUGUUUGCCUCCCAUGUUGAGUCGCAACCAUCGUCUGUCGCACUAAAAGUAACUUUCCUUUUUAGCUUCCUAUAAAAAGAGACAACAUUAUUCAGGAAAGUUAGAGAAUUUCCAAAAUCUUUACCCGACGUUGCAGUCUCUUUAUCUUCCUCCAUGAGCAGGUUAGAGUGUUUGGGGAAAUCCUUCACUGGUUCACAGAAACAGUUGGCAGAAGGAGCCAUGCCUGCACAUGCUGAGACACUCAAACCCAAUGACAAAGUGAAGAAAAAGACAGUCACUGAUAAAUCUCGCCGAAGUCUUCCUGCCCGUGCACCGCCUCAUUCUGUACAGGAGACUCUAAAGUCUGGGUGUCCAAGAGGGGAUAUGCUGAAUACAGAUGAGUGCUCACCAAAGGAAUCAAUCAACAUAACACCAAGGGUUGAAGAAGAAGCACAGUCGACUGCGGUGCCUGAUGACAAGCUGAAAAUGACAGACCUGAGGAAAGCACAGACCCCAGGCUCAGCAGUAACAGGAGGAACGACACAUGCUCCCCCAGCAGUUGUACCUCUUCCCACGCAUGAGGCGAUUGGUGACGAAGUACAGACUGAGGUAGAAGAUGCUGAGGAGGAAGACCUUAAGGCACCAGUGGAGCUGAUAAUGGAGUUCCUCAGAGCUGUGAUGGACAGAGACUCUCAGCUGGCCAGCAGACUGUGUCAGAUGAUUCUCAUCUAUGAACCAGACAAUCCUGAGGCCUCUGAGUUUCUCCCGUUGAUCCAGAAGAAGCUGUUGGAGGAACAAGAGGAAGAGCAGAGCACUGAGGAAGAUGAAGAACAAGAAGAGGAUGAGGACGAGGAGCAUGAUGGCGAUGAUGAUGGCAAUGACUCCAGUGACUCUGAAAGUGAUGAGGAGAAAUCUCAGAGCUCAAGCUGCUCCUCUUCGUCUUGUUCCUCUUCUUCACUAUCAGAUGAUGAUGAGGAGGAGGAAGACAAGCGAGUGAACAGACACAAGCCGUGUCCUCCUUCUCACAUUUGACCCUAAAUCUAAUGCACCAAUCCAGCAGUCACUUUAGAUUCUAAUACAGGAUUGUAUUUAUUUUAAUCCACAAAGCUACUUUGUACAGUCAGUCUUUUUCAUAUUUCACCUGCAAAUAAAACAUUUAUUGUUGACAAA